AUGCCCUCAAGAACUUAUUCCAUAGAAGAAGUAAACAAUGUCAGUGAAUUUAUUUUCUGGGGCCUUUCUCAGAACCCAGAGAUUGAAGAAGUAUGCUUUGUGGUGUUUUCCUUCUUUUACAUAGUCAUAGUGCUGGGAAAUCUCCUCAUUAUGGUAACAGUUUUCAGUGGCAAUCUUUUCAAGACCCCCAUGUACUUUUUCCUCAGCUUUCUAUCGUUUGUGGACAUUUGCUACUCCUCAGUCACAGCGCCCAAGAUGAUUGUUGACCUGCUGGUGAGGAGAAAAACUAUCUCCUAUGUGGGGUGCAUGUUACAACUCUUUGGGGUUCACUUCUUUGGUUGCACUGAGAUCUUCAUCCUUACUGUCAUGGCCUAUGAUCGAUAUGUGGCCAUCUGUAAACCCCUCCACUACAUGACUAUUAUGGACCGGGAGAGAUGCAAUAAGAUGCUGCUGGGAACAUGGGUGGGGGGGUUCUUACACUCCAUUAUCCAAGUGGCUCUGAUGGUACAGCUCCCCUUUUGUGGACCCAAUGAGAUUGAUCACUACUUCUGUGAUGUCCACCCUGUACUGAAGCUUGCCUGCACAGACACCUACAUUGUAGGUGUGGUUGUGACAGCCAACAGCGGUACCAUCGCACUGGGAAGUUUUGUUAUCUUACUAAUCUCAUAUACCAUUAUUCUGGUGUCUCUGAGAAAGCAGUCAGCAGAAGGCAGACGCAAAGCCCUCUCCACCUGUGGUUCCCACAUUGCUGUGGUCAUCAUCUUUUUUGGUCCCUGUACUUUCAUGUAUAUGAGGCCUGAUACUACCUUCUCAGAGGAUAAGAUGGUGGCUGUGUUUUACACCAUUAUCACUCCCAUGCUUAACCCUCUUAUUUACACUUUGAGAAAUGCAGAAGUAAAGAAUGCAAUGAGGAAGCUCUGGGCUAGAAAAGUCACUUGGGAGAGGACUGGGAAAUAG